CUUGGUUAUUGGAGAUUAAUCAAUUCCACGUUUAACCAGCUGGAGUACAAGGAAUACCCUUUGCGUCAAAAUCGACCAGUAUCCAUUCAGCUCAACCGGUCUUAGGCUGAAUGAUUCAGAAAUCUCGUAUUGGAGCCGCCAGAUUACAUCAUCACUGCUCCGUCUUCGCGUCAAAGCCGAGUGGCUGGUUUUAUUAUUAAAAGGGACAGAGGAAAAAAUGCAAGGCUGUUGGAGCUGCAUUGUUUUAGAUUAACAGCAGAGAUAGAGAGAGAGAGAAGAGGGAAGAAAUAACGGCAAUGUGAGUGAUUUGGUGCUUUAUUUAAACCAGCAAGAGCUUAUUUUGUGUUUUUUUGGGGCAAAAGAAAUCCCACCCCCCACCCCGGUUAUUUGAAGAUGUCAUGGCAGAAGCGGAUGCAACAACCCCUUACGAGGAAUACGAGUGCAAAAUCUGCUACAAUUACUUCGACCUGGGGCGCAGGGCGCCGAAGAUCCUGGAGUGUUUGCACACAUUUUGCGAGGAGUGUCUGACUACCCUGCACGUCAGGGAGGACCGGCCAUGGCGAAUCGCCUGCCCCAUCUGCCGGCACAGGACAGCGGUGCCCGAUUACCGGAUACACAACCUGCCCAAUAACACCAAGGUCACUGAGGCUUUCCCCCUGUACGUGGGAGCGGACCCUCUGCCCCAGGACGCCUUGCCACCGACGCCCCAAUUGCAGAGGUUGAACCAGCAGCCUCACUCCCAGCAGCAGCAGCAGCAGCACCAGGCUCCACAGCAGCAGCAACAACAACAGCCCCGCUCCAGCGCUUCCCUUCCGCCCGAGCUCGCCACCCCUUCGGCGGCCACGGCCACUCGCCAGUCCCGGGGACCCUCGGCUCCUUAUGAGAGCUGCCAGAACUGCAAGCGGGCCGCCCUGACCGCCGGCUGCGUCUGUGUGGUCUUCUCGUUUCUCUCCAUGGUGGUGCUGCUCUUCACCGGCCUGAUCUUUGUCAAUCACUACAACAGCUCGCCGUCUCCGGUCGGCCCCAUCUGCCUGUCGGUGGCCAGCAUCUUAGCCUUGUUCUCAGUGGUCGUCACGUGGGUGAUCUGCUGGCUCAAAUACCGCCCCGACAGCAAUGGCCAAGUGAGCAACAACAGGGCAGCGACCACUGCCUCCUCUUCAUCCAGGAGAACCACUGAGCAACUGGGAUGA